AUGGCUUCACGAUCAUCGCGGUGCGCUCCGCCUCGCGGGAGCUGCCUCGCGGCUGUCCUCGCGGUAGCAGCAGCAGCGCUCGCUGGCGCUGCCGCUCCCUUCCUUCCCGGCGCGGCGGCGGCGGAGGCCGGCGGGCCGGACUGGCACGCCGUGAGCGCUCGCUCGCUGCGGCCGAGCACGGCCUGCACGCCCGCGGAAGGGGCAUCAAACUCGUCGGCUCUCAAGGUCGUGCACCGCCACGGCCCGUGCUCGCCGCUGCGCUCGCGCGGCGCCGCACCACCGUCUCCUAUCGAGAUCCUGCGCCGGAACCGGGACCGAGCUACCUCCAUGCUCCGUAAGAUCGCCGGCGCGGCCGCGGCCACCAACGCGGCCCGAGCCUCGAAGGGCGCGCACUUGCCGGCGCACUGGGCCACCGCGACCCUCGGCACCAACAACUACGUCGUCACGGUCGGCCUCGGGACGCCGGCGAGGUACUUCACGGUGGAGUUCGACACCGGCAGCGACCUGUCGUGGGUGCAGUGCGAGCCCUGCAAGGACUGCUACGAGCAGCGCGACCCGCUCUUCGACCCGGCCAAGUCGCCGACGUUCUCCACCGUGCCCUGCGGCGCGCGGGAGUGCCGGGAGCUCCCCUCGCAGACCUGCUCGCCGGACAACAGGUGCCGGUUCGAGUGCGCGUACGCCGACGGCUCGCAGACCGACGGCGACCUCGCGCGCGACACGCUGACGCUGACGCCGUCCGACGCGAUCCGGGGCUUCGUCUUCGGGUGCGGCCACCGGAACAGCGGGUUCUUCGGCACGGAGGACGGGCUCCUCGGCCUCGGGCGCAAGAGCGUGUCGCUGUCCUCGCAGGCGGCGGGCAGGUACGGCCCGGGGUUCUCCUACUGCCUGCCGUCGCUGUCGAGCGGCACCGGGUACCUGGCCCUCGGCGUCGGCGGCGGCGCGCCCGCGAACGCGCAGUUCACGCCGAUGGUGCCCAGCCGCGCCCUGCCGUCGCUCUACUUCCUCCGGCUCACCGGCAUCAAGGUCGCCGGCAGGGCGGUGAAGGUCCCCGCGGCCAGCAUGCUGAUCGACUCGGGCACCCAGCUCACCAGCCUCCCCGACGGCACCUUUGCCGCGCUGUGGUCGGCGUUCGCCCGCCUGAUGGCGGGCAGGUACAGGAGGGCGCCGGGGCUGUCGUUCCUGGACACGUGCUACAACUUCACCGGCCACGCCGCGCUGCAGGUGCCGUCGGUGGCCCUGGUGUUCGCCGGCGGCGCCACGGUGAGCCUCGAUGUCAGCGGAGUUCUGGUGAAGUUGGGUUCGGACGAGCCGGACGUGGCGUGCCUGGCGUUCACGUCCACCGGCGACGACGCGCCCGCCGGCAUCCUCGGGAGCCAGCAGCAGAAGACGUUCGCCGUGGUCUACGACGUGGCCAACCAGAGGGUCGGGUUCGGCGCCAAGGGCUGCGCCUGAAAUUUUUGCCGUGAUUGAUCCUGCACGAUCACCGGCUGUAGCGUGAUUUCAGAAAUGGAAAUUACGUGGCACCUCUCCCAGAGAUCAUACGGGAGUGGCGGAGCCAGGAAUUUACA